AAAUCCUCGGCCUCCUUGUCUCUGGGUAGUUGGCAAAUAGCCUUGCCCUCUUUAGAUGAACUAACCGAGGCCUCUCUCUCUCUCUCUCUCUCUCCUUCCUUGCAUCUCUCUCUCUCUCAAAAUUCCCCUUCACAAAUUUGUGAAAAAUCAUUUUUUUUCAGUUUGAGCUUUCUGGGUACUGUUAAUAUCGUGGGAGACCUACGUUGGUUGUCUCUUUUGGCUCUCACUCACAUCGAAGAGGAAGACAGUAUCUAUCCCAGUGCCAAGAAUUCUGAAAAAGAAGGAAUGAGCGGUUUUUCAGAUGUUGAACCAGACUUCUCUGAGUUCGUGGAGGUCGAUCCUACCGGAAGAUAUGGAAGAUACAAUGAAAUUCUUGGCAAAGGAGCUUCCAAGACAGUUUACAGAGCAUUUGAUGAGUAUGAAGGGAUUGAAGUGGCGUGGAAUCAAGUGAAGCUCUAUGAUUUCCUGCGCAGACCUGAAGAUCUUGAGAGGCUGUACUGUGAAAUCCACCUCCUCAAGACAUUGAAGCAUGAGAACAUAAUGAAGUUCUACACUUCUUGGGUUGAUACCACCAACAGGAACAUCAAUUUUGUCACUGAAAUGUUCACCUCUGGCACUCUCAGACAAUAUAGGUUAAAACAUAGGAGGGUCAACAUUAGAGCAGUGAAACAUUGGUGUAGGCAGAUUUUGAAAGGGUUGCUUUACCUCCAUAGCCGUGACCCGCCUGUGAUCCAUAGAGAUCUCAAGUGCGACAACAUCUUCAUCAAUGGGAACCAAGGAGAGGUCAAGAUUGGUGAUCUCGGGCUCGCCGCAAUUCUGAGGAAAUCCCAUGCUGCUCGCUGUGUCGGUAAAUUCACGACCUCUAGAAGUUUAACAUACAGUCAGUCAGUCUCUUGUUUGAUGUUUGAAUUUGAUAGUUGCAAAUUGUUAUGCGAUGUAAUGAGUUCCAAAAUUCUUUUCUUUCAAUGUUAUGGAUCAGGAACACCGGAGUUCAUGGCUCCAGAGGUUUAUGAGGAGGAAUAUAAUGAGUUAGUCGAUAUUUAUUCCUUCGGAAUGUGCAUAUUAGAGAUGGUGACUUUCGAUUAUCCAUACAGCGAGUGCACACAUCCUGCUCAGAUCUACAAGAAAGUUAUUUCUGGCAAAAAACCAGAGGCUUUGUACAAAGUCAAAGAUCCCGAGGUUCGAGAAUUUGUGGAGAAAUGCUUGGCUACUGUGUCUCUUAGGCUGCCAGCUAAAGAGCUAUUACAGGACCCAUUUCUUCAAAUUGACGGUUAUGGUUAUGAUUUGAGGCCAUUGGAUUACCUGGGCGACUGCGAUGAAGCAGGUCCUCCCGUAAGACAAUCGCUUUAUAAAAAUUGUCAGAGUACCAGUUCACUGAUCGAUGCAUGCUCUAAUUAUCUUGGUUAUGAACACGAACACAAGUUGGAGUACCAUGAGCUCGAGUUUGAAUCUAGCGAGAUCGAUCUAUUCACCUGUCAAGAGGAUGAGUAUCCGCCUGACUUCGACAUUACCAUCAAGGGGAGGAGACGAGAAGAUGACGGAAUUUUCUUGAGGCUCCGAAUUGCAGAUAAGGAAGGACUCAUUCGAAACAUAUACUUUCCAUUCGAUUUGGAGACUGACACUGCAUGGAGUGUGGCGAGCGAAAUGGUUGCUGAACUCGACAUUACUGACCAAGAUGUCAAUAGAAUAGCCGACAUGAUCGAUGGGGAAAUCGCAACAUUAGUCCCCGAGUGGAAGAGGGAAAUUGUGGUGGAGGAAAGUUCUCAACACCAGAUUGCAAGUAUGUGUCGAACUUGUGCUUCUAGUGGCUUGCUGUUGGAUUAUGCGUCUUCAACCCAGAACUUGCAAGUUCUUCAGUGUUCCAAGCAUGGAGGUGCUGCUGUGCACGGUCGUUUUGAAGAAAUUACCUACCAAGUUGAAGGUUCGAAAGCCGGGCCUGACCCAUCGAGCCAGUGCUAUGGAGUCCACCACACUGAUAUCUGGGCUCAGCGCGAAGUUCCGGAAUCAAAUUCGCAAGAAUCGAGGGAUAUCGAUUGCGACGAAGCACAUGAGGCUUUUACUGGAUUGGAAUCUCCAAACGAAGAGAGGAUCAUCCCUGUGGACAAUGAGAGUAAGGUAAAUGAAAGGAGCUCGUAUUCGGCGAAUCCUUUGGGAGCUCUUUCAGAUGAUUAUGAGAAUGAGAUAAGGCAAGAACUGAGAUGGCUCAAGGCCAAGUACCAAAUGCAGUUGAGGGGGCUCAGAGACCAACAGUUAGGUGUCAAAUCUAAGUGCUCGAGUCCUAGAGCAAAUUACAAUAGCACAGUCCCAAUGAAAGAUAGACUCAAUGGGGUUCUUACCCCGUUUCCAUCACCCGAGUCCGAUACCGAAACAUACGGACAUCUCCUAGAGGAAUUUUCAUCUAAAAACAGUCUCACUCGCCUUGCUUCAGUUAAUUCUGAGAGGAGAUGUGCCAAUGUAGCAGACAAGUGCCGUGGGGCUGCGAGUGGAUCAUACAGCCCCGAGCAGAUAAUCACUGCUAAGAGUUUCUAUUCAGGCGCAUUGCUUCCGCAACCACUUCACAGGGCGACGUCUCUUCCGGUUGAUGCCAUCGAUUUCUGAGGGGUCUGCAGAUCAUAUCUACAGGUUCAGAGUCGAGGGUGGAACGGACAUUAGAGAUGUGUAUGUUUAUUAGGAGCGCAACACGGGUUCUAAUUAUCUCGAUCAUCAGAUGUAUAUUACAAGGCUUUUUCUCUCC